GUUUAAAGAAGCCCCCUAUUUCAGUUUCUCAGCAUGAAAGUCAUCAAGCAAUCUUCCAGCUUCCAACAGGACAACCUCUCUCCCCAAAUUUGGCUGCAGAUUCACAUACAAACCACAACGGAAACCCUGGCACUUCAAAACAGAACCCUCCCAAUCCUCUUCAGCGUUUAAUUCCAGGCCCAAACUUGGAGAGUGAAUCCAAAAUUCAAACAGAUACACUAAAGCAGGCUACCAAGGAUAGAGUCGGUGAUUUCCAUAAAUUAAAGCAAAGCCGAUUCUUUGAUGAGAAUGAAUCCCCUGUUGAUCCGCAACAUGGCUCUAAACUGGCGGAUUAUAAUGGGGAUGAUGGUAACGUAGGUGAGUAUGAGGCAGACAAGCAGGCUGAGCUGGCUUACAAUGAGGAAGAAGAUGGUGAUGGUGGAGAGGAAGACGUCCAAGAUGAUGAAGAACGAGAGCUUCAAAUGGAUCCUGCAGACUAUGGAAAGCAACGUUUCAAUGAUGUCCUUUAAGUCCUAAAGGAAAACUUCAGAAAACCUAAAGUGCUGUAAAAUGGAAUCAUUUCUACUUUGUCAUUUUUGACUUUUGCUGUAAAGAUCAGUUGUAUCGGUUGUAAAGAUACAUUGAGAUAGACUUAAGAAAAACUUUAAUGAAGGAAUGUACCCAUGUACAUAUAUGUGAACUUUUUCAUAUUGUAUUAUCAAAGCAGAGACUUUUUUGGUUAUGAUACGGUUGAGCCAAAAACAGUUAAUCUUUGCAUUUAAAGCAAACUAAUGUAUAUUUCACAUUUUAUUGAGCCUAAUUCUUCCCACAGAGACAAACAGGAGAAAAUGGUUGUACAGGUUAUAUAUUGCACAUAGCAUAACCACAGUGGGAAUAGUUAUUCAUCUGAAAACUUUUUAUUACACUAAUAUAUUGUUAGCCCAACAUUCUUGCUCUUUAAGAAGCUAUAUCUAAAAUAGUAUAUAAGAGAGGAGUAUCUGGAAGCCAGAUGCUGGGCAGUUAUGUACAAAAUCACCUCCCCACUCUUAAUUUUACACGGGUGCCAAUGUAAGCCUGGCAUAUAAGCUUUCGAUUGAGGCCUGAUUUAAGUUGAGAUAACCUGCAAAGGCAUAACAAUAUUUAUGAGUUAUACCUUACUUAGUUCUUGAAAUUGUGGAAUGCAUGGUUGACAGUAUAUUUUAAAUUUUAAUUUUUUUCAAGUAAUAUCAGUACUGUUUAACUAUAGCCAUCACUGGUUAAAAUUUUUAUAUUUUCAGAGUUCAAGUUGGUGAAGAUAUUCAUAGUUUAAAUGCCAGAUCCUGAAAGGGGCUAAAUCUACUUUGAAAUUAAUUUACAAUCAGUAUUUGGAAGCUUUUCUGAUAGUUUUAGUGAUCUUAUUUGACUAGACUUUUUCAGAAAUACUAAAUAAGGAAUUUUAACAGGUUUUUAUUAAUGCACAGGUAAAUAGAAGUACAGUGAAGUCUACAGCUGUUUUAUUAAAAUAGCAUAAAAGUUUGUAAUAAAAAUGAAUCUUUAUAAUUACUUAAUACCCUAGUUAAGAACCCAUCAACCCUCAUAUUUGCUAGACUUACAAAAUUAUUUUAAGUGCAUUUGUCUUUUUUUACACUAUUCAGUAGAGAAUGUAUAAGCUAGGUAAUCUUAUUUUUUAUUUAAAGCACUUUUAAAUCUUCGAAAAACAAAAGGUUUUGAUCAUAAAGGGAAAUGUAAGAUUGUUAACCCCAUUUUUUAAGAAGGGCUACUGUUAAUUGCAUAUAAACAUAAAAUGUAUCCCCUCCCCCCUACUGAAGUUCCAGUCAAAAUUCAAAUUUAUAGAGGUAAGGAAGUAGGUUGUACACUUGCUGAGAAGAAAAAAAUUCUUUAGUCUGAAAUUAGUUAAUGACCAGGAAAAUAUACAGUCAUUUAGUAAAACUGUUCUUUCUACCAUACCAAGGUAAACAGGUCAUUUCUUUGUUAUUAGUGGGGUCAGGCCUACAAUUAAUAGGUAUAAUGGUUCACAAAAUUUUUAAAAUGGAAUUAAAGGGAAGUGAUGUACAUCUUUCAGGCAUUAGGAUGGGCACAUGAAUCUAAAAAUACUCCUAGUAAUACUUUAUCAUUAAUAUUGUAAAAUAUUUACAAAUGAAAACCAUGAAAUUACCUGCCUUAGUCCCUUUGUUAUAAAAACAGGUCACUUGGUCAUAUGGUAGCUAUUACACAACAAAAUUUCCUCAAUUAGCAGCCUAGAAAUUUUGUAAACUGAGUAAUCUUGGACCAAUCGAUAAUAUUUCUGACUGUAUUAACAUUUUAGUGCUGUAAAAUACUAUGUGGAUCUCUUAAAAUUCUGACAUUCUAUAGUCUAUAUAAGACAUGCUGAUUUUAUAAUGUUUUACUUCUGCCUUAAGAUUUAGGUUUUUUAAAAUGUAUUUUUUGCCCUGAAUUAAGUGUUAAUUUGAUGGAAACUCUGCUUUUAAAAUCAUCACUUACUGGGUUCUAAUAAAUUAAAAAUUAAACUUGUCUUACUGAUUUGCUGAUUCUGAUACAUAUACAUACAUCACACUCCUGUGGUGCAAUAAAUGGUUACCUUUUAACACU